AGGGCCCCGCCCUGUGUGGCCUUGUUUGGCUUGCUCGAAUCCUGCAACCUCUGCAGGCAGGUUGGCGGGCAGAUCCCAGACCCACGUCCCACCACCAGCCGGCGAAGAUCCGGGGAUGGGCAACGCCACCCAGCUCGCUCCAGAGCCAGCAUGGGUCUCAGUGAGGUGGGUGACUCUCCAGGAUGGGAGACAAGCCAAUUUGGGAGCAGAUUGGAUCCAGCUUUAUUCAACAUUACUACCAGUUAUUUGAUAACGACAGAACCCAGCUAGGUGCAAUUUAUAUUGAUGCGUCAUGCCUUACGUGGGAAGGACAGCAGUUCCAGGGGAAAGCUGCCAUUGUGGAGAAGUUAUCUAGCCUUCCGUUCCAGAAAAUUCAGCAUAGUAUCACGGCGCAGGACCAUCAGCCUACACCAGAUAGCUGUAUUAUCAGCAUGGUUGUAGGCCAGCUCAAGGCUGAUGAAGAUCCCAUCAUGGGUUUCCACCAGAUGUUUCUAUUAAAGAACAUCAAUGAUGCCUGGGUUUGCACCAAUGACAUGUUCAGGCUUGCCCUGCACAACUUCGGCUGACCUCCUCCUGGCCAGAUACUCACGCUGUUUCCUCCUCCCUCCUCUUCCCAAUACUAUCUCACUCCUCCAGAUGCUCCAAAUACCAUGCACACAUGAGCAGGGCCGAGGUGGGAGUGGGUGCAGUGCGCUUCUGUCACCAGGUUUUGUGCAUGAUGUUUGGAUGCUAGGCUAGCUGCAUCUGACAGGAGAAGUUUGUGUUGUACCAGCGCAUGCCUUGGAAAGACUUAAGUAAUGCAAAAGAUUGUCGGGUUUUGUUUUUGUUUUAUUUUGUAUUUUUAAUCUACUGACAAGUUGCUCUAGUAACCCAAAGAAGUGAAGGAGAAAGCAGCUGCCUCACCGCCCAGAUAUUGAUUUGUUCAGAUGUUUCAAUGCCUCAUGAUACAAUAAAACCACAAAAAUUUUCUUAACAGUUUAAAUUGUUUUAAUUAGUUAAGUAGUUGGCUGGGCAUCAACAGUCCUGACCCACUGUCUCUCAUGUCACCCUCCCCAUCUCUGCCUCACCUUAACAGUACCUGCUGUAAGGAGCAAACUGGCUGAAGUGGCAGUCCCAACUAAGCUUCUCUCGAGCCUCCUAGGGCAGAGUCCUCUCCAACCUGCUUGGUCUUUGGAAAGCAGGGAGAGCUGAAAGCAGGUCUAGCCUGAAGGGUCUCUUGUACUGAAGGUUCUUCAACCAGUUCUAUCUGACACCUCCUGUGGCCUCUGCUCUGAGUAGAUUCGGGUCUAGUAGCAGGGUAGAUGAUUCUCCUGUACACACCACAAAGGCUUUGAUAAAUAAGGAUUCCCAUGUGUAGACCCUUUAGAUUGAAGUCCCAGAUGAAGAGGCCUGCUCUCUUCCCAAAAGAGUCAGGAUAACAUUCAGGGUACCUGUAUUUCCCAAGCAAAAUAAAAAAGAUGUGCUAGCUGCUUGGGAUAUCCGAGCCAGGCCACAUUGGGUUGGAGUAUAAGUUCCACACUAUAGAAGAAAUCAGUGUGAAGGAGUCAUGUGUGGGAGUUCUCCCUCCUCACACUUCUGCAGGGCAUUCACACACCGUCUCCUUACUUUCCACACAACACAUACUCUCUUCAAAUCCCAGGAAGUCUUAACUAUUAGGGCAGUUUCUGCCCCAUUCCUUAGUUUGGGCACAGGUCUUGCCACGUACAAGUGUAGCUUUUCAUCCUUGAGAUACUAUACCUCUGGAUAGUAUAAAGCUGGUAUCAGAAUAGCAGCUGCAGGCUAGAACCAAGCCCAAAAUUUGGGUUUUAGAAUUUGUCAGGCACACCUGAAAGUUCCCUCUCUUUUCCCCUCUAUCCUGCACGAUGAGGGGAGAAUGAAGAUUUCCCAAUACCCCACAGGUUGCCUGGUUACACCAUCAAAGUCCUGGACAGCACACAGGAGGUUUCAGUGGGACUGAGCUCUAAGCUGUUGUGUAUGGGGGGGAAGAAGGGGUGGGGGAGAGGUCCGUACCAGCUGCCUCUUAAUCCACCCUGUAUAAAAAUCUGCAAUACAGCUUUCAUGUACCUGUGCCUGAAAUGUCUGCAAUAAAGAGGUGUUUGUAAACUA